UCUUCUUGGUGGAGAUCUAUCAACAAAAAUGGAUGAAGUGACAGACUCUGUGUCUCCCCCUGCUGCAAAGAAACUGAAAGUUGAUGCAGAUGUUUCUGAAAAGUCUGAAGAACCAAGUGCUGUAACAAAGGAUGUGCCCAAAUUGGAAGUACUGGAAAAUGUUCAGGAAGGGAGAACUAUUGUGAAGUCAGUUGAAUCAAAACUUGACAAAAUAGAAUGUGAAGUGCCAGCAAGUGAUCAGGAUGAGUCUAAAUCAUCAGUGGAUGGUGAUGCUAGUAAAAAAACAAAAACUAAGCAAACUGAAGAUGUUUCAUCAAGGGUUCUUGAAGCUGAUGUAGGAAUCCAAGAGUACAUUAGUCCUUAUCCUGGUUUUCAAGCUGUGAUAAAACAAAGGUAUUCAGAUUUUCUUGUGAAUGAAAUCAACCAAGAUGGUAAAAUAGUUUAGCUAACCAAUACAGAACUACCACCUGCAGUGCCUGAACAGAAUAUACAAGCUAGCAAUUAUGCAGCUGUCUCCGGACUGAUUAGUGAUGAAGACAUAGAAAAACUGAAAGAACUCCAAACAUCAGGAGACAAGAAAAAGACCAUUUUGAUAAAGACAAGUGAGGACAAGUCAGUGAGAGCCAAGCUGCAUGGUGCAAUCGAGACAGGAUUUCCAGGAAUAAAUACAAGUACAGUUACCAGAGAUGAUCAGAAAUAUAUUGAAGCUAGAAUUACUAAUAAUCGAGGUAAUGGUUUACGAAAGUGGCCCAAGGGCAGAGGGGACUAUUGUAGGUUUGUGUUGUACAAAGAGGCCAAAGAUACAAUGGAUGCAAUAGGACUUAUAUCUGGUAAAAUGAGAUUGAAGACCAGUCUGUUUCAGUACGCAGGCACUAAAGAUAAGCGAGCCAAGACGUCACAGGAGAUCACAGUAUAUAGGGUUGCAGCAGAAAAAUUGAAAGAUGUCAAUAAACAGUUAAGAAAUAUUGUGACUGGGAAUUACAGUUACACCUCAGACAAACUAAAACUUGGUCAGUUAAAGGGUAACAAGUUCACAGUGGUGUUGAGAUCAGUGACGGGGACGGAGGAGCAGAUAGAUUCAGGCAUGACAUCACUGAGAGAUCAUGGUUUCAUUAACUACUAUGGCAUGCAAAGAUUUGGUGUUUUCUCUGUACCAACACAUCAUAUUGGAAGGGCACUGUUGUCAUGUAAUUGGAAGGAAGCUGUAGAACUCAUUUUAAAACCGAGAAUUGGAGAAGAUAAGGUGAUCUCAGAGGCACGAGAGUUUUGGUGGGAAACUAGGGAUAGCAAGCAAUCACUUACAAAGUUCCCGAAGUAUGCAUACAUUGAAAGGAGUAUUCUACAGGGUCUUGCAGACAGAGGUGCUAAUGACUACAUGGGAGCAUUUAACAAGGUAGCCAGGAAUACCAGGCUGAUGUAUGUACAUGCAUAUCAGAGUUAUAUAUGGAACACAGUGGUUUCACACAGGAUCAAGAAACAUGGUUUACGUCUUGUAUGUGGAGAUCUGGUCAUCCCACACAACUCAUUUACAUAUAUGGAAGAAGCAGAGGAUUGUCCAGCAGAGACUGAUAGAACUAAAGUAACACCAACAGUAGUAGAUGACUCAAAUAUAGGAGAGUUUACGAUAUAUGACGUAGUCUUACCGAAGCCUGGCUAUGAUGUUAUAUACCCGACAAAUGAUAUAGAGGGUUUGUACAAGGACCUGAUGGAGAAAGAUGGCUUAGACUAUCAGAACAUGAGGAGUAAACAUAAAGAUUUCUCCUUGUCUGGCGAUUACAGACAUAUUGUCGUCAAGCCGGCAAAUGUUGCCUGGAAACUAUACAGAUAUGAUGACUUCAAUGUUCCGCUAGCACUCAGUGACUUGGAUAAAAUGAACAAUAAACCAGAACCAGAAAAUAUUGAAGGAGGAUCUCAGCUGGCUCUGAGGCUUGAACUCACACUGCCCACCUCGUGUUAUGCUACAAUGGCACUUAGAGAACUCAUGAAGAUUGACACGUCCAGUUUCUACCAGGCAACGCUUAAUACAUGAAAAUAUAACUUGUGAUUUGGCAAUGGGAAAUUAACCGAAUUCCUUCCUGUGAUGAAGGAUUUUGUCACAAGUAUAUUUCUGUGGUCUUUAAGGGAGAUGCUAGAUUCCGACAGUGUUAGUGAAUUUUCCAUCAGACAGUUUUCUUUGAUUAUUGGAAGUAUACAGAGAGUUUUCACUAGAAUGAACACCUGUUUUCUUUAAAGUUAUGAAUUCCGGUAAAGUGAUAAUACUUAUUGGAGGUUCUUGCAGAGAGUACAACUUUAGGAACAUUCAGCAGUAACUGUUACUAUAGAUUUUCUACAGAUUGUUAUUUCAUUACCAUUAAGUAAUCACACUACCAUUCUUAGUUUAUAGGUGUGUUCAAAACACAUGUGUAUAAACUACGAGUUUCUUAAGUUAGAAAGGUUCCAAUAAAACUUUACACAAAUGUGAGAAGAUGGGUGUCUUGCAAGUCUGGUUGUACCUUCAGAUCACAGGCAACUCUACAGUGUUACCUUACCUUACUGGUACAGUACAGACACUGCCAUUUUGUAUAAACCAAGCUGAAAUACUGCCGUAUUAUAUAUUUUCAUUUUUGAAUUCUGAUGUACAAAGUAUAUAUCUCAGUAUUAUAUAUUUUGCUUGUAAAGAACAAAAAAAAAAUACAGGGGUACUAAAUAUACUUCUUUUUCUGGCUUUGUGAUGCACACCUGUUGAAAAUGUAAACAAUGAAAUUAUUUGAAAGUGUUUUGAGUACAGUCAAAGUAUUUGAUGAAUCUCUUACUGUAAAACAUAAUCAGAUUGAAUACUUUCAUUAUUUCCUUAAAGGUUGUGGCAUAUUUGCCAGUUUAUGUGUAGAUUAUGGCAAAUGUUUAAUUUAAAAGGCGCAGCCAAGGGUGUCACCAUUUUAAGAUCACAUAGUUGUACCAUUGUUACAUGAUUUUCUUGGAGGUAUGGAGGAUUCUUUGACAAUAUCCCUGGGUGGGGGUUGAGGCAAGACCUUUAACUCUGAACUCAAACUAAACCACAGGUAAUGACAUUUCUCUUCAGAAGCAUUCAGUUACUAGUGACAUAGCUUUCUGACCUGCAUUGAAAAUUUUAUACCAUUCUGUAAACUUUUAUGUUAAGUGUCACAGAAUCUGUAUUCACACGACAGAUUUUUAUGCAGAAGAAUUAAAAAUCAUUUAUUUUUUGCUAAAUCUGAUCACGUCAUAUUUAGAAACUGAAUAAAUUCAUACAAGAACAUGAAA